AUGAUGCAGCUACGGGGGUGGGCACGUGGAAUCCCGGGCCUGGAUUCCAUCACAUUCGGUGACACCUCCGGCCCCUGGCUCCACACCUCCGUACACGCUGUCGUCCCACCUCUCAAGGCCCCGCCAAAGCCUCACCAGAUCGCGAAAUUCGCUGAUAAUCGGUCCUCCAUUUCCAGAGGAUACAAGUUCCGGGUUAAGAAUGGACCUUUCUCGAAGAAGCAGAGAUGGAUCAGGACACCUAGGAGAUUGAAAUUCGUUGACGAGACCGGUGCUGCAUCGGGCGAUGGCGACGCGACUCCCGUUGUUGAUGCUUUCCAGGAUGACUGGCCCGACUCCAUCUCAGAAGACUCUGGCACCGCCAUCACUGCCACCACAACCACCACGGCCACAGAUGGCAGUGGUGGUCUAUCAGGAAACACCAACUCUUGUCCGCCGGUCCUUCCGGUUGGCUUGGGCCGGCAGCGAUCACCGACGGAUCGAUUCCUCAUGCAUGAUGACCAUCUGGUAUCCCCCGUGAGGGCCCUGCCUGGGUUCCAGAAUCUGACACUGGCCGUCUCGGAUUCUAUCCCGGCAACGAUGCCAAUGGUUAUCCCAUUUGAGAUGGAGGCCGAAGACCCAGAGGUCCGGGCUAUGCGAGCACAAAUAUAUCGUGACAAGGACAUAUGGCCUCUGGAGAGUCGGGAAGAGGCCAUGCUAUUUCGGCACUUUAUCCAGAAGCUAUCAAUAUGUCUUGACGUCUGCGAUCCGAAUCAGUCAUUUGAGACCGUUGUUCCCCCGCGUGCAGGAACUUGCAAGAUCCUCAUGAACGCCAUUCUAGCCCUCGCCGCCAAACACCUUCACAAUACUGAGUCCUACGACCCGUAUGCUUCGGACCGGUACCACCAAGUUUGCUUGAAUACGCUCAUACCGAUUCUGAAUCAUGAGCACCACACCAUGUCAGAUGAGAAUCUCUUCGCUGCAACAAUCAUUCUUCGAAUGUGGGAAGAAAUGGAAGUGAAGCACUCUGGCGUCGACGCGCACAGCUAUCUCCUCGGCAUUCAAGCGUUUGUCCACCACAGCGUGGGUGGAGAUGGACCCUUGGGAACGCGAUAUUUGAUGCCUGGCUCUCUGAGCGGUGCAGCCUUCUGGGUAGGCCUGAGACAGGAGAUAUACAGCGCCAUGAUGAACCAGGAGCCCGUGCGCAUCAAUCUCGUGCACUCCCUCGUAGACAGGUCACUUGUGCCGACUGACGACUAUGGCUGGGCAAAUAGAGCAUGCGUGCAUUGCGCGGACGUGCUGAACUUUUGCUUUGGUGAUGGUGCGGCGGUGUCGAGAGGAGGCGGCCUGCAGUGGUGGGCUGAGCUGGACGACUUCAACCGGGGAUGGACAGAAAAUUUGCCCUCAAGCUUCACACCAAUAUUCCUUCGUGAAGCGGAUAAGGCGAAGGGAGAGGUGUUUCCAGAGGUCUGGUAUCAGAGUGCUUGUCAUGCAUUGGGAGUACAACAUCACUUGCUGGCGGAGCUGUUCCUCGUGAGCUUCGACCCUAAAAUACCCCGAAUAGGCGGACAGAGGAAAGAAGCGGCGAAGAGAACCAAUGAACGCAUCCAGGACCUCGUGCGGAAAGUAUGCGGCAUUGGAUUAUGCAAUCAGUGGACACCACCAAGCAUGUUCACGGCCUGCAUGGCCAUCGCAGCUUUUGGAGAUCAAUUUCAAGACCGCCGGGACCAGGAGGCGUGUAUGGACCUCCUGAAGAGGACCGAGAAGGAUCACGCACGCCCUACCGAGGCAGUGCAGCAACAGAUGAUGAAGUCAUGGGAUUGGACGGCCGGCUAA